UGACCAAUCAGCGCGCAGGGAGAGCAGCCCGUCUCCCACAUGCGCUGCGUCGCUGCUCACGAACCCACCGGGCAGGAACGUCACACAACCGCAAGGAAAGACACCCGGGGGAGUGUGUGUGUGUGUGUGUGGGUGGGGGGGUCAUUUGUAGUCUUGUUCUCAACAGGCGCAGCGUGUCUUUCCCUGGCGAGCUUUUUUUUCGGUACCACCCGUAACUUUGCGGUUGCUAUGGCUGCGAGUUCACGCGAGGCUCCCGCGGCACAGAGGGAAGUGACGAUGGGCUCUGUUGUUGGGACACGUGACUAGAGCUGCGCUGAUCUGUUUUGACAAGCAGCAGGAGGGAGAGAGAGAAAGAGAGCGAGAGGGAAGUAAGGGAGGUGGGGGAGGCAGCAGAUUGCGAGCAUCACGACCCGGGACGACUAUCUGCUCCUUUCAUUUAACUACAUGCCGUCCGAAUAACGUCAGUAUCGAACUCUUCGUGUAGUCUCAGCAGUCAACUGGUCUGUCAGCGAGGAGAUUAGCAUCUGCUACCCAGUAGGCUCGAGAGGGGCGAAGAGGAGAAAAGAACGUGGCGGAGUGGAGUUCGGAGCUGUUUGUUGCUUUGGAGAAAAAAAAGUUGUAAUGAAGCUCGCAAAAGGAAGUCAGCACAGGUGGCGUUUGUAACGUUAACUAAAUGGAGACUAACCGAUGGCUGGGCAUGGAUAUAAUGGGUAUCCUAUCCGUGUGAUAUCAUCGCUUUACUCUUUUUUUUUUUUCUUUUUUUUUUUUCUCGUGUGGGGAAUGAUGCGCUGAAUAUGUUCUCGUCGUAGCAACAACAACAACAACAAAAAGACAAAGCGAAAGAAAAACAAUUGCGGGGUUGCUAUUUUCAGCUCGGCUGUGGCGACCUGCGCUGCAUCUUGGGAUGUUUGAGCGGUCGACGACGUCACCAGCAGACGCUUUAACCAAAUAGCGACACUUAAGUUCGUGGCUCGUUGUUUGCUCUCUAGCUCGCGCUGCAGACAACUCGUUGUCCCAGUUGAAGAGACGACAGAGAGACAGACAGAGAGAGAGACAGGGAGGUGGAGGGGGGGAGAGCGUGUUUUAGUUGGGUGGAAUCAAAGGAGCCAGCUCGCUUACUUCAAGCACUCCGUCACCUGAACGCUAAUCGGCUAAUCAGCGGUCUUUGUGCGAGUCAGCCGGACGACUCGAUGGCAGCGCACAGUAGAAGCAUGCUAACAGGGCGAUGCUCUGUUGUUGGAUAGGUGGUGGGGAAGGAAGGAAGGUGCGUGUGUGCGCGUGGAGGGGUGGCGGUGGGUAUGGGCAAAAGCUGGCACGGACACGCGCACACACUGGCGUCGAAGCUGAUAUCAUUGCUUAGCUAACGCAGCAGGUCUCCGUCACAAGGUGGGGGGGAGGAGAAGGAGGAGGGAGGGAGGAGGCUUGGGGGCGAGAGAGGCGACCGAGAAGACCCAACAAGAGAGACCCGAAGAAGGCCACCUGAUGACACUGAACAACAUGAAGUCGGAGAGAGAUCCAACGGAGGAUUUUUUCGAGUACGACGCUGAGGAGUUCCUUGUGUUCCUAACCUUGCUCAUCACAGAAGGAAGGACGCCGGAACAUUCGGUGAAGGGCAGAACAGAGGGGCUACACUGUCCACCGGCCCAGUCGGCCAUGCCACCUCUUCACAAGCACGAGUGCUGCGACAAACUGCCCCAGUGUCGGCAAGCGAGGCGCACCCGUUCCGAGGUGAUCCUGCUUUGGAGGAACAGCAUCCCCAUCAUGAUCGAGGUCAUGCUCCUGCCAGACUGUUGCUACGGUGACGAGUGCCCCCCGAGUGACCCCAUCAGCGACCCGAUCAUCAAACAAGAUGCUUUGCUGCUGGAGAGAUGGACCCUGCAGCCAGUUCCAAGACAGAGCGGCGAUCGCUUCAUUGAAGAGAAGACGCUGCUGUUGGCUAUUCGCUCGUACGUGUUCUUCUCUCAGCUCAGCGCCUGGCUCAGCGCCUCCCAUGGUGUCGUCCCAAGAAACAUCCUGUACAGGAUCAGUGCUGCCGAUGAGGAGUUGGUGUGGCAGUUCUCCCAGCCGCCUUCAGAACACAUUUUCCCGGUGCCGAACGUCUCCCAGAGUGUCGCCCUGCAAGUUCGUGUCCAGUCGCUGCCGCGCCAACCCACCUAUCCCACCCUGGCCUGCAGCAUCCACACCGGCCUUCCUCCACUUUACAGCAAGACCACCAGCCUCAACCCCAACAGCCAUGGUGGCCUGCCCACCCACAUAAAAAGCCAGGACCCCAGGAAAGAUGACCUCCUUUACAAUUCUAGCCUAUUCAGCAAGAGCUCAAACUCCAUGUCUGGCUUUCCCCUCAAUGGAUUACCCAUUCCUAAUCUACCCAUCAACCACAUCCCCGUUAAUAGCCUUCCCCGCGCUGCUGUUCCGUCUCCUUACAGCAAGACGAGUCCGGAGCCGGGCGAGGACCACACAUAUCAGAAUGGAGAGCUUCCGCAGGUCAACAUCCCCCAACUUCAAGGCUCCCCGCGGUUCCACAGGUCCUCUCCCUCCCCCACGCCGCCCCGCUCCCACUCACCCUCUGCACUUCCCACAAGCAAGGCCGGGAAGUGGCUGUACUCGGCUCUGAAUGGUUCAUCUGAGCCCACGCCAGUAGAGGAUUAUUGCUCUGGCACCAACGGCAGUGACUGGUCAAAGAGGUCCGUCCCUGAGCCCCUGAGAGCUUUUAAGAACUUCUCCUUGGCUGAGCCGCCACGUUGCCCCUCCCCAAGGCCUGCAAACGAAACAAACCCACUGAUUGGCUCGCUGCUACAGGAGAGACAGGAAGUAAUUGCCCGCAUCGCACAGAGGCUCAACUUCUGCGACCCCACAGCGCCGCCACUACCCCACGGCCUUUUCGCUUCUGACAACCCCCCCAAAGCCAUGUGGGGCAGUAACCCCGACGACGUAACUGCCAGUAAGACCAAAGAGCCUGAGGUACCGCCCUACGAGUCCGUGGGACGUGUGUGGCCCAGCCCCUUCAACACGCCCAUGACCGACGCCUCUUUUGGCAAACGGGAGAGCUCCUCCCCUAAACCUGCAGCAUGCAGGAAGCUGAGAAUGACCGAGACGAGUGACGCACAGGAUGAGAAAGAGAAGAAGAAGAAGGAGGAAAAGAACAGGGAGAGCGAAGGCUCCCUGAUCGCGCAGGCAGUGCAAGACAUCGCUAGACUCAUCCAGGAGAGACUGUCCGUCCCUUCUCUGUCCCCGAGGCCCGGCAGGAGCGGCAGCCUUCUGCACCACACGCACACAACAACAGUCACACACACGGUCCGCACAUACUCGCCUGUCACGCGCGACCCACGAGCCCCGGACGCUGCCCCCAACGGCCACGCGCCCGGCCGCCAUGAAACCCACAGAGGCGGCGUUCGCUCCGCCGCCGCACUCGCACUCAUUUGCACAGACGAGCCCCGGGGCGAACCGGGGACCGAACGCCAUUCUCCCAGGGCCCAAAACGGUGCUCACUUUACACUUGAAGAACCCUCAUUCAAAGGCCAGCCCCGCGCCCGGGCUGGUCCUCGUUUACGAACUCCCCCGCAGGAAAAGCUCGCCAUCAGGAUCCCCAGCAGCCAUGAAACCCCUUCUGCCUCCCACGCCGUCGAGAACAGCCCAAGGAAUGCCCGGAUCUUUAGUUGCAAUGAUGCCGGCUCGGCCACGAACUGUAACAUAAACCACAACCACAUCAAGCCUCAGCCUCAGCCUCAGCCUCAGCGCGAGAUGCAGAUCUGUGCACCGGCCCAGGCGGAUGAGAACCAGGCGCCCUCCAUGUCUGGAUGCUCCAUCACCUCCAGUCCGGACAUGACUCCCCCUUCUGCAGUCCUGCGAGAUCACAGCCCCUCUCCGCUUCGCCCCUGUAACACCUGGAAGAAACCGAAUCGCCACUCUUUGGAUGUGACAGCGACCAAAGCCUUCCACCCCUGUACCGGCCUGCCUCUGCUCUCCAGCCCUGUUCCCCAGAGGAAGAACCAAACGGGCUGCUUUGAUCUGGACACCUCUCUGGCCGGCUGUAAGGGCUUGCCUUGGGCCUACGGGAAAAGGGUGGGUGCAAAGAGAGAGGGGUACACCGAUGAGCAGCUGUUCAGUGCCAGCGCUCCACCUGCUAGUCUCAGUCUGCUGGGGAACUUUGAGGAGUGCGUGCUGAACUACCGCCUGGAGCCUUUAGGGUUAGUGGAGGGUUUCACAGCAGAGGUCGGAGCCAGCGGCUCCUUCUGCCCCAGUCACAUGACCUUACCUGUGGAGGUGUCCUUCUACAGUGUAUCCGAUGACAACGCUCCCUCUCCAUACAUGGGCGUGAUCAAUCUGGAGUCCCUGGGGAAAAGGGGCUACCGUGUACCUCCAUCAGGAACCAUUCAAGUGACCUUAUUCAAUCCCAACAAGACAGUGGUGAAGAUGUUUGUUGUGAUGUACGACCUACGAGCCAUGCCAGCUGGACAGCAGACCUUCCUGCGCCAGAGGACCUUCUCUGUUCCCGUCCGCCGUGACACAAACACUCACGGGAGCAGGAAGCUCCUCGGCCAGGGACGUACCCUCCGCUACCUCGUUCAUCUGAGGUUCCACAGUUCCAAGUCUGGGAAGAUCUACCUCCAUAGAGACAUCCGUCUGCUGUUUUCCAGGAAGUCCAUGGAGGUGGACAGUGGAGCCGCCUACGAGCUCCAGUCCACCACAGACUCUCCCAUUGACACACCAUUCUCUCCCCGCUGCUGAGACUGAACCCUGUCCCCCCGCCAGCGGGGCCGCCAACUACUGCAAUCGCAACUUGAUGCCAGCGAAAGACCCUUACGCAACCCGUGGCUAGAUAAACUGCUCUAAAAGAGAAUUUAAAGACUGCAGUCAACAAGACUCACCUGGCAUGUGCCCAACAUGUCAUGUGCCAUCCCCGCUGUCCCCAGAACUGAAAAGGGCGCACGGUUGGAAACGGCUUUGUUUCCUGCAUUAAAAGGUUGGGUCGUAGGUAACAGGCUCUUCUGGUUAAGAAGGCUCUACCGGCUAGGAUUGGUCUUUUUUUUUUUCCUGCUGUUUUGUGUGUCCCCUCCAGCGUCUGGCAGGAGAGUAGAGCCCAGUGAUCGUCCAAGGGAGCAGUUACACUUAAAAUAUUUCAGCAGUGGUUAGGCUUCUCUACUCAAAUCAAAAUGUUAAUUGGACCUUUAUUGAACAUGAUGAAUCAGUGUUCAGUCGCAAGUAAUUUAGUUAUAAAUUCAAUACAAGGGCCUCAAAUGGUAAAAAAAAAAAGUUUGACAUCCUUGAAGAGCAGGUUGAUUGACCUGAAAAUAAACCCUGUGAUUCCUGAGCUCGGAGCAGAGGAUGGAAGAGGAGGCGGCUGGCUGACCGUGGUGCAACAUCCUUCGCUCGUCCAAGAGAAAAACAUGCCAUGGACCACUGAAGAAGUUCAUCAAGCAAUCAAGCUCCAUCACAGCAAAACAUCAAACGUGCACUGUGGAUUUUUUUUCUUCUCAUUAUAACUGGAAAUGAAACUGAAAAUAGUAAUAUUCUAAUACUUUUGUACUGUUAAAGAACCACUUUAUUGGACGUGUUGCAAUAGAAAGAGUAAUCUUAGUAUAGUGUUUACACAUUCACCUACCAUCAGUUUAUUUAAUAUUUAAAUUAAUAUUUCAGUUACUACUUGUGACGUCUGUCAUGCUAAGAUGAUGUAGUGCAAGCUGUAUACCAUAGUAUGUAUUUUUGACAAUAUUAUUAUUCAAAUCCAAAAAAUAUAUAUCUAUCUUCUAAAGCAAUCUGA